AAACAUUUUCCUUUUCAAUAUGCUUUGCCCCAGUUGACAUUCCGGAUGGGUUUGGCGCCCCAAUUCAGUAACUGUCUCUGUUUCCCCCACACGUCUUCGGCGUCUCUCUCCGCAUGUUUUCUUAUGAUUAGGCUUCGCGCCCUCUCUCACUCUCGCUCCAUUAUUUAUCCUCUGUCUUUGUACUGAAAUCUGAUUCUUCUCAAAGAUAUGAUGGCACCACAGAAGCAUAAAGCUAGAGACUUCUCAAUAUUUUUGCAUUCUUGAAAUGCAAUCUUGGGAUAGUGGGAAAUGGAUCUUUGGGGAUUGUGAAAUAUGGAUAGUCCACCACCUAAACGUACGCGAAGAAGGGUACCAUGGACACCAACUUGGGAUGAGUUCCUCAUUGGCCUAAUGGUUGACCAAGCAUGUAAAGGACAAAAGAUAGAGAAGGGCUUUAAAAAAGAAUCAUGGCGCUAUAUGCUCCUCGAAUUCAACAAGAAAUUCAAUCAAAACCUCGAUGACGAACAACUAAGAAAUCGCUAUAAACACUUCACGAGGGAGUACACCAUUGUUAUGACUCUUCUUGGCGAAAGUGCUUUUGUUUGGGACUGCACCAGAAAUGCUGUGAUAGCGAAUGCUGAAACCUGGGAUCGCUAUAUUUUGGAACACCCCGAGGCCAAGCCUUACAGAACAAAAGGCUUACCAUUGAUGGAAGCAUUGGGCAUACUUUUUGGAAAUUCAAAUGCUGAUGGUAGAUAUGUACUAUCUAGUCGCAGUGAAGAAGUUAUGCAAGAAUCAACUAGUAUGAUAGGAGGUUUAGAAUCUCCAGCUAUCAACAAUGAGCAUAUGGCUACACCAAAUGUCAAGUCCUUAGGUUCAAAAGGAAACAUGGAUGCAUUGGAUAAACACAAGAAAUCUAGAUCUGCAGCCCCCACUUCAUCACGACGUAGAAAAAGAGUGCGAAAGCAUGAGAGUAUCAUUGAGGCCCUACUAGAGAUGGCAGCCAAUUCGAGGCUUAGGGCAAGUCUAGAUGCAGAGGCUAGCUCAAAUCAAGGGCUAAAGAAUUGUAUAGAAGAAUUACAAGCAAUGGAAGGCUUGGAUGAUGAACUAUUAAGGAAAGCCUGUGAAAUGUUGAAGGAUGAAAAGAAUGCAACUAUAUUUAUGACACUUGAGGGUCAUCGCCGGUUAGUUUGGGUGAAAGAGAUGUGUGAUGCACAAUAGCUUUUAGAUAUUGUGUGCAUCUUUUUGUUUUCCCCAUUUUAUUAUUUCCUUUGGAAGUGAAUAUACUUGUUAUUUCCUUUGAAAGUGAAUAUACUUGUUCUUUCUUUUUGUUUUCCCCAUUUUAAUGUAUUUCUUUAAUGAAUGGAUAGAAGAAAGUUUGAUGU